AUGGCGCGGGCUGUCUCGGAAAACCAACUGAAGCUUGGAAGCCUGAACUGGAGGCCCCCUGAUGCGACCCAGCAGACCCCUGGCACCGACGAGAAAAAAGAGAAAAAUGGACCGCCAGCUGUUUGCGAAGGUCAACUUGAUGCGAUGUACAGUAUAACGAUAUCAGAGGAUCUCCUUGCACUGCAAACUCUCACAGCGAGCCGGAACCUGCUGAAGGUGUGUGGCUCGUUGAACGCAGAUAUCAUCAUCGAGUUAAAGACUCAGCCACCGAAUGGCGCAGUAGAUGCGGGCUACAUUGCCUACAGUGCUAGUCCAGACACUGGCAUCAUGGUUCCCGGCGGCAAAGGUGCCAACCAAGCUGUUGCAGCAGCCCGACUCAGCGGUAGCAGCCGCAAGGCAGAAUUUGUGUGCCAGUUUGGCAAUGAUUCACAUGCCGGGAAGCUGGAAAAGGUCCUAGUGGACAAUGGCGUGGAAAUCAAAGGUUCCGGACGAGCCGACAAGCCGUCAGGGCAAGCGUUUAUUUUCUUGGAAGAGGAUGGUUCCAACUCCAUCCUCAUCGUGGGUGGCUCCAACGUGGCCUGGCCAAAAGAGGUCACAAGCUUUGCCAGGCAGAUUCGGAGUGCCAGUGCCGUGCUCUUGCAGCGUGAGAUCCCGGAGUACAUCAACGAGGCGGUGGCCCAGGUGGCUUUCGAGGCAGGUGUGCCCGUCAUCCAGGACGUGGGUGGUGAGGAGCGUUCCUUCUCCGAUGCGCUGGGCCAGCUCCACUUGGAACCAAACCAUUGCAAGACCUUCGUCUUUCAAUCAGAGAGCAUGCGCAGCACCAAGGAUUCGAAGGAGAAAGUGGCCUAA